UCCUACUACCCCGACUCCCACCGCGCAAAGCGAGAGACCUCGAUCUCACACGAAGGCAUGGCGACGGAGAUCCAGGGCUACUACGACGACGGCACCGUCGUGGUGUCGUUCGACGCCGACCACAUCGACACGACGGUCACCAACUUCGGCAGCGUGGUGGAGUGGUGGCUGGGCGAGACCUACCGCCUCCACGGCCGCGGCGGCCACAUCGCGGGCCUCGACGUGGAGUGGCGCCCCGCUCGCGUGCCGGGCCCCGUCGUCCCGCCCGUCGCCGUGCUGCAGAUCUGCGUCGACCACCGCUGCCUCGUCUUCCAGAUCCUCCGCGCCGACUACGUCCCCGACGCCCUGUCCAGGUUCCUCGCCGACCACCGGUUCACCUUCGUGGGGGUCGGGAUCGGCGACGACGUCGCGAAGCUGGGGGCCGGGUACGGGCUGUGGGUGGCGAGCGCCGUGGACCUGCGCGAGCUCGCCGCCGACACGCUGGGGAGGCCAGUGCUGCGCCGCGCGGGGCUGCCGGCGCUCGUGUGGGUGGUGAUGGGCUUGCAGAUGCAGAAGCCGCACCACGUCCGCGUCAGCGCCUAGGACGCGCCCGCGCUGUCGGACGACCAGGUGAAGUAUGCCUGCGCCGACGCGUUCGCCUCGUUCGAGGUCGGCCUGAGGCUCUACGACGGCGACUACUAGGGUACACGGUUCGGUGAGCAAUGCCAUAUUUUGCCAUGGCAUGUGAGAUACAUCGUGUUGUCAGUCCUAUCAGUAUCAGUCUUCGCGUCGAUGUUUAUGUUUGCAUUGCAGUCGUGGCCAGUUUCUCGCCUAGUUGGACUAGUACUAUCAUGUGAUCGCUAGCUUUUGUGUGCGCCACACACCAUAUGCACUCGUCAUGUUUAAGUUUCGUGGUUUCCUGAUCUCCUCUCUUCUCCCGUUACCCGCAAGUGUAUGCAUGGCAUUUCGACUUUAAAAUUUGAAUGCUAUUCUCGUUGCCUGUUGUUGAAGCCCCCUGAUCUUGCUCAA